AUGCCCUCUCAAGCGGAUGAUAAACGCCAGGCGGCCCGCGAAGUCAUCGACAUUCUUCACGAGAUUUCCAUGCUCCUUAAUACAAACCUAGACCGGACGGAGCUCUCUCUGUGCGUGUCUCUGAUCGAGAAUGGCGUGAAUCCUGAUGCUCUUGCAGUGGGUCUCCCAACUGUAGUCAUUUAUACUGGUGUUUUUACGUAUCCAGUGCAGUUCUAUGGGCUAAUGCUUGAUAGACGGUUAUUAACGACCUCCGAAAAGAAGGCUCAACCUCGCAGGAAGCCCCCAAUGAACAGGAUCUCCCUGAGUGAUUGUCUACUUGACUCGUCAGAUCAUUUUUUUGUGCAUUCCUUGUUUUCUAUGCUUAUGACAGAGAUACCCGUCGUGCAGGCUCUCAUUCAGAUGGUACAAUCCAUGUAUGUAUAA